AUGGUCAAAGUUAUACUUCUAUCUAAUCAUGGUAAAAUCGAUCUUAAGAGAUACCUAUAUGAAGUAGCUGCCGAAGUUAUUGCUCAAGUGAACUCAUGGGUUGACAAAGUCACAUCGGGUCUCAUCAAAGAGAUACUUCCCGCGGGAUCCAUUGAGACUGAUAUGAGACUGGUUCUUGGGAAUGCAUUGUAUUUCAAAGGAACUUGGGCUCAGAAAUUUCAUGCAUCAGACACUAAAGAUGAUAAUUUCCACCUUCUUGACAAGACAUCAGUAAAAGCACCAUUCAAGUCUAGUACAAAGAACCAAUAUAUUUCGUGUUUUGAAAACUUAAAGGUACUUAAGGUUCCUUACAAGCAAGGCAGGGACAGGAGGCAGUUCUCCAUGUACUUACUUCUUCCAGAGGCACGAGAAGGUCUUUGGAGCUUAGCAGGAAAGUUGACCUCCGAGCCAGAGUUUCUGGAGAAGCAUAUCCCCGCUCGAGUGGUUCCAGUCAGGAAAUUCAAGAUCCCUAAGUUCAAGAUAUCAUUUGAUUUUGAAGCGUCCAAAUUGUUCAGGAGUUUUGGCCUCCAACUUCCAUUCAGUACAGAAGCAGAUCUUUCGGAAAUGGUCGAUUCCCCGUUGGGAGAGAGUUUGCGUGUCUCAUCUAUAUUCCACAAGUCAUUUGUAGAAGUGAAUGAAGAAGGAAUUGAGGCUGCGGCGGCAACUGUUGCGGUAGUCAUGUGUAAAUUGCUUCCAGCAGUUCCUCCCAUGAAGAUGGAUUUCGUCGCGGAUCACCCUUUCCUCUUUGUGGUACGAGAAGACAUGACCGGUGUGGUGCUAUUCGUCGGUCAUGUGGUCAAUCCUCUGCUUGCAGUGUAG